AUGGGGUGGGGGCUUACACUAGGAACUGGAGAGAGUGGCGUUUUGAGACAUGUCAAGGUCAAAGUGAUCCCGAGAGACUUAUGUAACGAGUUGUUUGGAGGCUACGUUACAGAGAACAUGAUCUGUGCCGGAUACAAAGAGGGGGGUCGAGAUGCCUGUUACGGGGACUCCGGAGGACCUCUGGUGCUUCAGAAUCCAGGUGGUUUCUUCGAACUCACCGGAAUUGUUUCGUGGGGAGAAAACUGUGCUUUAUCUGAAAAGCCAGGAGUUUAUACCAAUGUGAUAAAAUACAUCAGGUGGAUCAGAAACAAUGGCGGCAAAUUCAAGGGAUGA